CUAGAGUGCAGCAAUAACUGUGGGGGUUCAGGAGAGUGCAAUAUGGAUGGAAAAUGCACAUCGGGAUGUCUGAACAACUCCUAUGGAUUUGAUUGCUCGCAAGAGUGCAAGGGCCACUGCAAAAAUCAAACGCAAUGCCAGCAAGAAGAUGGAUCAUGUCCCGCUGGAUGUGAGGAAGGAUAUUCCGGGAUGAAAUGCGACAGCGUUGGAUGUGAGAAAGGAGAUUCCGGGUCAAACUGCGAUAACGCUGCACCUCGGAAACUUUCCAAUGGAUCCAUGGUUUGUUCAGUGAACUGUCUCAACAAAACUUGUCAUCCAGUCACUGGUUCCUGCACUCUGGGCUGUGUCAAAGGCUUUGGGGAUGUCAACUGCUCAACGUCCUGCGCUAAUUGUCUGAACCAAGCAUGUGAGCGUAAAACAGCGAUAUGUGUCGAUGGUUGCAUCGUAGGAUUCACAGGACAGGACUGUUCGUUUGCUCAAACUGAAGCUGAUAGUGGUUUGUUACCCGAAAGUCAGAGUUGGCUGUGGUUCACCUUAUUACUAAUCGCAAUGAUCGGCUUGAUGAAUAUCUUCCUCACAAUCUUUCUGAAGAGAAACGCAGCAGCCAUGAAGGAGGAGACUGGAGACAAAUAGAGACUUGGUCAGUUGUCCUGCAUUGGGACCUCCUCAAGGAACUAGCGGCCAUUACAGGCGUGUGGGUGAAACUGCUUGACGGAUUCAUGGAUUCUCUGAAAGCUUGCUUCAUCGAUCAUGUUCAAGUUUUUUUUUAGAUCAUUUUUUUAAUUAUUAUUAUUAUAGAGGGCGUCACCUGUGACUUUGUGUGAAGAAAAAGUAAUUUGUAUUUGUGGAAGAGGGAGAAAGUUCCAAAAAUUAUUAUUAUAGAGGGCGUCACCUGUGACUUUGUGUGAAGUAAACGUAAUUUGUAUUUGUGGAAGAGUGAGAAAGUUCCAAAUAUUAUCAUUAUUAUUAUUAUAGAGGGCGUCACCUGUGACUUUGUGUGAAGAAAAAGUAAUAUGUAUUUGUGGAAGAGUGAGAAAGUUCCAAAUAUUAUUAUUAUUUUUUUUUAAAAUGAGUAUGUGAUUAGUAAAAGAAUUGGUAUGUAUCAAAAUAAAAGAAUUGAAAAAAAAAUUUACAUAUUUAUUCUUCAGUCGUACAGAGUAUUAUUCAUCUCUUGUUUUUUUUUUUUUUUUUGAGGGGUUGGAAGAGAUGUUGGUGGAGAGGUAUGACGUGUUAAGUUGUUUUUUAAUUGAAACAAACUAGUAGAUAUGAUUUAAAAUAUAUAUAUAUAUAACUUACUAAGCUGUUGUGUGAGACCGCAUCUUUUCCUCGGAUUAACUAAUUAAAUGAUUUUGUACAAAUAUAUGUCUUAAGACGAUUGACGUUAAAGGCCAGCUCGCGCGUAGUAUCAUGCAUUCGUUUGUUGUUGUUUUUUUCGAAAGAAAAAUCAAUGUCAUGUAUAUAUUUUGACUUAAACAUUAGACAAGGAAAACGUCAGAAUCGCUUUUCUAGGAUCUAAUGUUUUGUUUUGUAAUGCUAUACCAAAUGAUUCUUUUUUUUUAUCCAUUUAUAGAAAAUGUAAUGAAGCAGAAAAUUUAUUUUGAUUUUUUGUUUUAAAUGUCUUGUUUACAGUAAUGUCCUAUUUCGUUUCGGAUGUUUAAUGUAAUGUCAAAGCUGAUUUUAAAAUAUACAUUAAUUUUUUUUUUCCUUUUGUUGUAGGUUUUUACAGUAAAUCAUUCUCGAUUUAUAAUUGUUUGUGGUAAUAUCGUAUUUCGAAUUAGACGUUUACUGUAGUGUCGUAGAUGAUUUGCAAUGUUAACAGCAAUUUCGUCUUUAUUUUUAGGUGUUUACAGUAAUGUCGUACUUGAUUUAUAAUUGUGUACAGUAAAGUCGUAUUUAGUUUUAUAUGUGUUCUGUAAUGUCAAAAUUGAUGUCCUAAAUGUCUUGAUUUUAAAUGUGUAAAUAUACAGUUCCGUGAGUUAAUAAUAAGAUUUUAUUGUAGAGAUUUUACAUGCUCGUAGCAAUGUCGAAGUAGAUUUAAAGAAUUUCUCAUUAAGUUAAUCUUUAAUUAAUUUAGAGGUUUGCAGUAAUGCAUCUUCUGAUUUUAGAUGCUUACAGUUAUAGGCAGUUCACUCUUAGUUUUUGAGAAAAAUCAUUUUAUGGUGAAAUAGCCAACAUUUUACACGAUUUUUGUUUCUUUUUUUUUUUCGAAAUAAAUGCUGUCCCCCUGCUAAUACACUGGUGUGUCGCGAAACAAGACAUGCUUCUUCUAAAGAAGGGUUAAAGUAUUUUAACCCAUAACACAGACCUUUCUUUCAUGUGCUUCAAUUACUGAACUCUCUAAAAACAAGAUGUAAUCUUUCAGUGUCUAUGUCAGUCUUCGGCGGUGACUUGUUUUUCAAUGUUCCAAAGUCUUGGUUACAGAACAUCAACUAUCUAUUUAGGAAGUCUUACCUUACCAGGUGUUCUUCUGUAUGCCAGAUUUAGGCAUAUGGGCAACGGAGCUGGUUUCCAAAGUUUUUACGCCUUCCUGUUUUAAAUUUGCAAAUUAAAAAAUCUUUUACAUUCUCUUGUUAGCGGAAAAUAGGUGACUCUACAAUCUUAAAACUGGCAUGUAUCGGAUUUUCUUUUGAGGUCUAUGGUGCUGUAAAUAUUUUAUAUACCUGAAAUAUGAUAAUGCCUAGCUUCUUCACCUUCUGUUGAACCGUUGGGGGCGCCACAGAAUAUCUGUUGACCAUCUUUCUCCAUUCCUUUCUAUCUUUUGCCUUAAAUAGAAUUUCUUUCAAUGCCACGACCGUCCAUUCCUUUAUGUUGUCUUACCAUCACUUACUUGUCCGUCUUUUCUUUUCCUCCUUGUACUGUUCUCUGAAGGAAGGUAUUUGUUAGCUCUGAGGACCUUGUGAUACGGCUAUUUCAUACAUGAAAGUGAUGCAUGCCUUGCCACCUCUCUCUUACUUCUAGUAAUCUCAAUAUUUCCUUUUAAAUUUCAAAAACUCAUAUAUGUUAUAUUAUUUCUGACAGUUUUAUAGUUUCGGAAUAUCUAUUACUUUGGAAAUUCCUAUUAUCUAAAUAUUUUUAUUUUGACUUUAGGAGAUCAAGUAACCUGAAAACAUUUCGAAAAGCGGGGGGGGGGGGGGGGGGGGGGGAAGAAACAUAUGUCAAAGGCGGUGCAAAAUGGUUAAGAAAUCUAAAUAAAUAAUUAUUUACAAUCACCACAAUCGCUCUAUAAAAAAUGCCUGGGUUUAGAACGAAAAAAAAAAAUACUUUCAAGUUUUGUUUUUAAAUUAAUUCUCGAAUGUAUCUGUGAACUAAAGGUAAGACUGAGCUAAAACUACAGAACAUAAUAAGUGCCUGAUUCGUCUCUACCUGCAUGUUAUGGUUCGGUAUUUUGCUUGUUGAACCAAAUGUUUGAUUUCCUUGACGAUCACAAUAAGAAAUAAACACGUACACAGAAAUACAA